AUGAACAGAUCAGAGGCUGUGAACAGCACAGCGUUUCCAGAGACCCCGGAACUGACCUGGUCUCAGCAAUGGGCUCUGGCAGCGAUCUUCACCCUGAUUAUCCUCAUCAUCGUCGUCGGGAACUUGCUGGUCAUCCUGGCGAUUGCGAAGAAGCCCCGCUUGCAGACCCUGACCAAUGUGUUCAUCACCUCGCUGGCCUGUGCUGACCUCAUUAUGGGCGUCUUCGUUGUUCCUCUCGGGGCGUCCAUCGUGCUCACCAACAAGUGGCUGUUGGACUCUCCAUUCUGUGAGUUCUGGACCUCAGUCGAUGUGCUGUGUGUGACUGCCAGUAUUGAAACUCUGUGUGUGAUUGCUAUAGACAGAUACAUCGCCAUCACAUCUCCCCUCAGGUACCAGAGCUUACUGACCAAAGCCCGUGCCAGGGCCAUUGUGUGCCUGGUCUGGUCUAUCUCCGCUCUAAUCUCAUUCCUGCCCAUCAUGAACCACUGGUGGGAAGCUUCGGACGCUGAGGCUCAGCGAUGUUACCGGGAGCCCACUUGCUGUGACUUUGUGACCAACUGGCCAUAUGCCAUCUUCUCUUCGACGAUCUCCUUCUACAUCCCGCUGGUCAUCAUGAUCCUCCUGUAUUCCAAAGUGUUCAGCGAGGCCAAGAAACAGAUGGAGAAGAUGGAGAGGAACAAGCAGAGGUUUCCCGGAAAGCCCCAGCAGCAGCCCCAGCCCCAGCCAGUGAACAAGGCCAACAGGAGGAGACCUUCCAAACUGUUGGCCCUCAAAGAUCACAAAGCUCUGAAGACGCUCGGGAUCAUCAUGGGAACCUUCACUCUCUGCUGGCUGCCCUUUUUCCUGGUAAAUAUAGUGCAGGCAGUGUCUGGCAACUGGGUGCCCAGAGUCUUCUUCCUGUUCUGUAACUGGCUGGGCUAUGUCAACUCUGGCUUUAACCCUUUCAUCUACUGUCGGAGUUCUGACUUCAGGAAAGCCUUCAAAGAUCUCCUGUGUUUCCACCGACAGAGCAAGCAGCCCCGACUCCAAAAGGAUGUCCCCAGGACAAGCUGGUGCUCAUGUAGCUUCGGCCUGCCCCUUGCCCCCCGGCCAGCUUUGGGGGCCCAGGAGGCAGCUCAUACUCCCAACCACAGCGGGGGUGGCAGCACCCAGAGCCACCGGACCAGUGAAAGCUGGCGCCAUGCCAAUGGCACUGCCCCACAGAGCCUCGAGUCAAUGAUCUGAGUGAGGCAGGAACC